AUGCCCUGGUCACAAACACCUGCCUGCAUUGCUGACCACAGGCCUGGCCUGGAGAAACCCACACCCUCUUCAGGGAAGAGAGCAAGGGGCUUGGCAGUGCCUGAAGCCAGUGAGCUGGGGACUCACAACCGGGACACUCAGGGCAGGCCCCAGCAUGGCACAGGGCCAAAUUCUCCCCUUUGUCACUGGCCACAUACUGCGGGGGGAGGGGCUGGAGGAGUUGGGGCACCUGCAUUUGGCCUGCAAGGAAUCUGGGUCCUGCUGGCUGUGGGUGACCACAGAGGGCCAUGUGGGCAGGGCACAUUCAUGGGCCCCCCAGGCCAAGCUCGUCAGGGAGAGGGGAAGGGCCAGGAAGCCUCAGCCCAGACCACGUAUGGUGGGAAUAGUCCACACAGGAGGGGCCAGAACCGUCUAGAAGGCCCUGGCACACAGGUCUGCUGCAGCAGAGCCAGGAGGGCACCGGGGUGUGCAUGUCCAGGGCAGAGGAACCACGUGGGGCUCAGUCAGCAGUCGGGGUCAGGCCUGGUUGGUGGCACUGAGGACCCUGAAGGCUUGGCCCCGCCUCCGGGAGCUGGCUCUCCAUAUGGUCACAGCAAAAGUAGGGACCAGAGGGGGCCAGAGACAGGGGGCCGCACCCAACCCUCUCCUCGCUGCUCCCCUCCCCCUUACCACCCUGUCCAGUGGUGUCCGCGCAGAUGGGGGUGUGAGGGGCGUCCACACCUGGCCUGCAGUGGCUGCCCGGCUUCCUGCUAGGGAGAUGGGGCCGGUGCUGAUGGGGAACAGCUGUUGUGGGGGCAGCCAGAGGAAACCACGUUCCCGCGGGGUGAGCUCAUGGUUUACGCGUUCCCUGCCAAAUCCAUAACAUCCUGGAGGCAGAAGCGCAGAGGCCAAGCCUGCCCCUGCCUCCACUGAGCCUCGCCUGCUCUGACACAAGGGCCACUCAGCCAUCCUCACUCAGCCUGCACCUCCUGUCCUGAAGCUCCCUCCUCCCUCCGCGUGCUCCCCCUGUCAUUUACGCCCCGGCCCCGACCCACCCUGCUCACCCCUGAAGCUUCUCUGGGUCCUGGACUCCGUUCCGCAGGCUGGAUGCCUUCUCAACUGUCCGUGGCGCCUGCCUGGUCUCUGGGGUGUUCAGUGAGGGGUGACCAGGAAGAAUGUGUUGGAGACAGUGGACAGGGAAGCGUCUCUGUCUCUCACCCCUUAACUCACAGCAGCCCCUCUGGGCGGGCACAACCAUCACUGCAGCCGCAGAUGUAGAAACUGAGGCACACAGACGCGAUGUGGCUGCCCCUGUCUGGUAACUGGUGGCCAGGAUUGGAGCCUGGGUCCAAGCUGCCUGUUUUUUCUUUCCUAGGCCGUGCACCUUUCUCCUGGGAUAGCUGGAGGUGAUUUCAUGGAACCUGGAGGCUGGGCUUCAGGUUGGCAGGAGAGGCUCCCGGCUGGGCCUUCGCCGUGGCUCUGCUCCCUGAUCUCCUUGCUUGAGCGGUGGGGGCCCUGCGUCCUCUCACACCCACCCCCACCUGUCUUGCAAAAUUGUCGGAGGCUUUUAUCACCUGGAGACACUGUUCCUGCCAGCUCCGGCCCCUUCUCCUGCGAUGGCGUUGCCUGUCCCUGCCGCAGCAAGCCCAUCUUCCAGCCAGGCCAGGCCCUGACCAAUGGCUAACCACGGAACGCACGUGGCAACAUGGGCCAUGUCUCACAUGUGGUCUUGGAAAACAUGGCCUCUACCCUCCUGCCCCUGCCCAGGCCCCUCCUGCCAGCUGGACGUGGGCAUUUCUGCACCCAUUGGAACCUUGCAGCCAGGAAAGAUGCCUGGAAGGCUAGAGGAGAGGCAUGAUUGCGGGACCCCAUGUGUGGUGACAGAGCAGCCCACCCAGCCGUUCUCAGCCACCAUGUGAGAAAGAAAUGAUGCCUCCAUCGAGUUCCCCAUGCCAGGAGCUGCUCCUUACAGCAUCCUAACCUUCACCCCAACUACUCAGUUGCCAUGGCAAAUGGAAUAUUUUGGCUUUUUUUCUUUAAUUCCCAAGUGAUUAUUGCUAGAGGAGUGAGAAGUUACUAAUUUUUGUAUAUUCAUCUUGUAUUAAAUGUUUUUUACUGAUUUUUAAUUUUAAUUUUUUUUGAGAUGGAGUUUCAGUCUUCUGGCCUAGGCUGCAGUGCAGUGGUGCGA